AUGGACGCGUUCAUGGCCCACCUCUUGGCCGAUGUGGACGCGUCGGUGUUCGAUCUGCCUCCAUCGCAAUCGCCCCCCAAGAAAUCGUGCUCCCUGGAAGCUGCGCAGUCGAGCCAACAACGCAUUCGGAGCAUUUCGCCUGCUCGCAGAAGCCCUGCUGCUCACAAGCGACCCAAGCUCGGUCAUGCAUCUGCAGAGCUUCGGGUGCGCACGCAAGUCAAGGACGAGCCUGGGGAUGAUGCAGGCUCAAGUAGCUGUCUGAGAACGUCGCAGUCAGCUCCCACCUCGUCGACCAAGCAGAUCGCGGCCGAGUCUGAUGAGCGGUAUGAUGAGAAGGCGGCUGCAAGGAGCAGAAAAGAUGCCAUUCGUAUGGCCCGGGAGCAGGCUGAGGAAAGAGGUGGGAGCUUUUCCGACCAGACGCUUGCUUCUUCAUUCGUGAGUGCCUUCACUUGUGAUGCAAUAUGCGGAUACUUUGCAUCCUCACGAAUAGAGUCUGCUGUACAAGGACAGGCACACAAGUCGUCUGCGGCGGAGUAUCGCGAAAAGCGAGGGCGAGAAAGGGAAGCAGCACGAAGCUAUGUGCGCGCAAAGGUGCUCAACAUCGGUCAGGACAAUUUCAUACCCGCUUCAACCCUCUCAGCUGCGGCAUCCGCUCCACCUGCCUUGAUAUCUGCGUCGACAGUGGAUAAAAUGAGAACGAGGAGACAGGUGGUGCUGAAUGUGGAAGAGAGAGCUCCCUUAGACAUCCGGGACCAGAAUUUUGUGCGAGCAGACGAACAUGGCGCCCGGCGCAAAGUCUAUCUACGAGACGAAUGGCUGAGCCUUGCAGAGCGAAUUCGAGUAGGUGACUACGUUCACCUCAUUGGACACUGGUCGGAGGCGUUCGACGAUUUCGAAGAUGCACCAAGCGUCACAGGAAACUCAAGCUCUUCUGCGUCAGCUCAAGCUGGACCUGCGAGCCAGGUCAAUGGACAUCCCGUUUCAAAGCCAGACUUGGCCAUUGUCGAGGUGGACGAAGAUGAUGACGACGACAUGUCGCUGUGGGCGAACUUGGACUGCACCUUGCCUUCGAGCACACCCACCAAAUUACCUCUAAUGAUUCUCUCAAGCUCUGGAGCCCUCGACGCAAGUGGGCACCCUCCUUGUAAGAAUUUGCUCAUUCUGCAUCCCGAUCUCCUGCUGUCUGCGACUUCGAUUUCAAACGUCUCGACUUGCCUGCGCAAACCGCUCAUCUCGUCCCGUCUGCGGGCAUCCGCAGCGGAUGGCGCAACAUCCGAAGCGCUCGUCAUGGGUGCCAUGCUGCACGUCGUGCUCCAGUCUUGUCUGACUGGCACAGCUUUGCCAAGUACCUGUGAAGGGAGCCCCUCCCCUAGCGGCUUCCGAAUGCUACCAUCGCUCGAGAUGCCGGAGUGUUUUCCACCCACAUGGAACGGCGUGCCUCCGACGAACUUCUCGGCGUCUUUUGUCGCGGAACAGAUCUGUGCUCAAGUCGACGCAUGUCUCGAAGACCUCACAGAUGCUGGACUUGACACUCAGGUGGCUCGUGAGCAUCUGGUGGAGGCUGUCAAGCCAUUCGGCGAAUUUGCCUUCAAGUAUCUUGCUUCACCCGAAGGAGAUAUUCCUGUGAGUACACUAGCCCACGUAUCCUGCCCUUUGAAGACGAAGGCAGCUGACUCGUAAAUGUCGGUCUUCAUCUCGGCCGCCACCAGCACGAUGCCGUCGCCAUAGACUCUCGCUCAGAGUCACCACCGCGCGUCCGCAUACGUCGCGUACUGGAAGUGGAAGAGGAUAUUUGGUCACCCAUGUACGGCCUGAAAGGCUUUGUCGACAUCUCUGUGGAAGUGGAAGUACAAGAAACUUGGGCCAAGCAGCCACCUCCGCGACAGCAGGCGUCGGGCCGGGCGGUCUCUGCCGUGUUUCCGAACGCUGGCCUUCAGCGGAAUGCGGGCAACAUCCAUCGCGCGGCCAGCGGUCCGCUUCGUGCGUUUCAAACCACCGCCCUAGGGUCGGGCGGCGUUCAAACGUUCGUGAUGCCGCUAGAGCUCAAGACUGGUCGAGCUUUCGCCAAUCUGGAGCAUCGCGCUCAAACGAUGAUGUACAUGCUGAUGAUGUCGGAGAGAUAUGGAACAGAUUGUCAGCAAGGCUUGCUGUACUACUCUCGCUCUGGGGACCUUCAUCGAGUGCGCAAGUCGGCUAA